AUGGCAAGCUCGAGCACAAAUGCAGCUACAUCAGUAAUGAUGACCACCCUAUCGUCAACUAUUAUGGCAUCACAUUCCGUUACCACGUCAGGACUUGUCCCUCGUCACGCUACUGUCGAAAAGACCCAACCGAAUCCAUUCAACAACAAUAUUGGUGAAAUAUACCAGGAUCAUAAUAAGCAACAAGAACGAGAACGAAAGAAAGAUGUCAUUAUUAUAAUCCAGGGAUCUUCGUUAAAUAAAAAGGGUGGCGCCAAGGAUGACGCCACCAAACCUCGACAGCUUCUACUUCUGGAUCAAGUGUCUCCACCGUUGCCAAAUGCCAAUACAGCUAGUGAUGCGUCGUCGUCCUCGUCAUGGAUGCGAUCAUUCAAGUGUAGCUACGAUAGCGAGGCAACUGCAAAAUCGGAUCGUAAUGGUACGACUGUUGUCCAUAUAGAUUCUUACGAUACAACAUCGACAACCUUAUUAUCAAUAGUGAUAUCAUCGACAUCAGUUAAAUCCACUGCUUCACAACCUGGCUGCGCUAUCCAGACUGAUGCAGUAAAGGACUCUACAGCUUUGAUCAGUGCAAAGCCCCGACCUCGUGGGCAGGAAACAUCCAAAAGAGAAAGUAAGGAUCCGAAUGCAACUAAGGAUUGUAGCCCUAAACCUCAAGCAGAAAUAAUAACAGAAACAGCAAUGGCGGCAGCAGCAAUCAUGCAAACACCUACAUCAACGUCUUCAAUGUUCAUGUCCGAGUACAGAACGACAAGAGUAUCCAAAGAGCAAUAA